AGGUGGUGCCGCCAUCGUUAAUGGACUUCAGUCGCAGUGUGCUGCGCGAGAAAUUCAGUGCCGUUGUGCGUAAGGCGGUGUAUACGUUUGAGUUCGAUCGGUUCCAAAAGGGGUCGCUCUAUGGUGUCUAUCGGAAGCUCAUGAAGGCACGAGAGACCAAGGGAGUGAUAAUAGCCACAGACACGGCUGUGAAGGCCUUCCAGCUCAAGUUCGUCGAGGUGGUGCAUAACCUCGACCGCCUGCAGACGGCUGUGCGCGAUAGCUCCGACUCGCGUGUGCGGCAGUUUGCGGAGAUGUUCAUGGAUCCGUUGGGGGACCGCAAGAGCGCCGCCAAGACACUGAGCGUGGAAGGGCCCAAGCUACACGAACAGGCUGAUCUGGCUGUGAGGACGCUGGAGAUCUUCAGACAGGGGACGGUGAUUGUGGAUGAGGUUGAUCUGAUCCUGCAUCCGCUCAAGAGUGAGCUCAACUACCCGAUCGGCCCUAAAAAUGCCAUAGAUCUUGCCCGCAAAGGAAUGCGGUGGGAUAUUCCUUUGUAUCUACUUGACGCUCUGUUCUACGCCACUGAAGGUCGUACUACCGCACGCCUGGCUCAGUCGAAUGAGUCCGAAGCGCUGCUCAUGAAAGUCAAAAAGACUGUCACCAAAGGACUGGAAAGUCGCGACCUGCAAGCCAAACCGCACUUGACGUUACUGAGUCGGUCGUUCUACAUGACUGAACUCAAGCCACUCAUGGCCGAAUGGCUGGUGUUGUGGCUGUCCUUGCAGCAGGUGGGUGU